GGUAAAAUCCUUUACAAAGUUCGAUGGAAAGGAUAUACAUCAGAUGAUGAUACGUGGGAGCCUGAGGUUCAUCUUGAGGACUGUAAAGAAGUUCUUCUUGAAUUUAGGAAGAAAGUUGUGGAUAACAAAGCUAAACCAGUCAAGAAAGAUAUUCAGAGACUAUCUUUAAAUAAUGACAUAUUUGAGGCAAACUCUGAUAGUGAUCAGCAGAGUGAGACAAAAGAAGAUACUUCUCCAAAAAAGAAAAAGAAAAAAUUAAGGCAGAGAGAAGAGAAAAGCCCUGAUGAUCUGAAGAAGAAAAAAGCAAAGACUGGUAAACUAAAAGAGAAAUCGAAGCCAGACCUGGAGGGCUUUGAAAUUUCAGUUUUUGAUUUAAGGACAAAGAAAAGAAUUUCUGAAGCCAAAGAAGAAUUAAAGGAAUCCAAAAAGCCCAAGAAGGACGAUAUAAAAGAAACUAAGGAAUUAAAGAAAGUUAAAAAGGGUGAAAUAAGAGAUUUUAAAAGUAAAAUAAAAGAAGAUUCCAAAGAAAACAGAAAAACAAAAAAAGACAAAUGUGCUGAAUUUCUGUUGGAAUCCGAAUCAUGUAUACUCAGUGACCCUCCCUUUCAUGAAGGGGACAGUGAAGAUUUACGGUCUGACAACAGAGAAGAGAAACUGAAGAUUAAAAGUGGAAAAGAUAAAGCAGGAUUAGAUGGAGCACAAGACUCUGUUCUAGAUAAACAGCUGGAUGGGUCCGGAAGUGCUGAUGAGGAUGCUGAUGUCAGAGGAAAGAGAAACAAAAAGAAACCCAGAAAGGCUGAGGAACUUAAAGAGAGCAAAAAGCUAGAAAGCAAAAACUUUUCUUUAGAGAAGAAAAAUGCCCAUAAAAAGCAAAGGAAUCAAGACAAAAGCAGAAAUACCACAGAGCCAGAUAAUCUGACACAUGGACCUUCCCAUACACAGAAGAGCUCAAGGCUGGGUGAGGAAGAGAGGGGCCUCCAAGCCACUGACUUGGCCAGGGAAGAAAAAGAGACCAAAAAAAAUGAACCCAAAGAAAAAUACCAGAAAAGGCAUGAUUUAGACAAGGAAGAAAAAGGCCACAAAGAGCCAAAAGGAUUAAAGACAUUUAAAGAAAUUAGAAAUGCAUUUGAUUUCUUUAAAUUAACUCCAGAAGAAAAAAAUGAGUUUCCUGAGAAUAAUCAGAAAAGAGAAGAAAUACCACUGGAUUGUAAUUUCACAGAAGAUCACAAAGCCAAGGAAGACAAGCAGGUACUUAAAGAAAGGAGAAACACAAGAGAUGAGACUGACACAUGGGCAUAUAUAGCUGCAGAAGGUGAUCAAGAAGUCCUCGAUGGUGCGUGCCAAACCAAUGAGAAUUCUGACAGCAGACAGCAGAUUUUGAGUCUGGGCAUGGACCUGCAGCUGGAAUGGAUGAAAUUAGAAGAUUUUCAAAAGCAUCUAGAUGGGGAAGAUGAGAACUUUUCUGAAACAGAUCCCAUUCCAAGUACUUUAUUGAGGGAUGCUGUGAAAAAUGGGGAUUAUAUUACUGUGAAGAUUGCACUUAAUUCAAAUGAAGAUUAUAACCUGGACCAAGAGGAUUCAAGUGGGAUGACACUGUUGAUGCUUGCUGCAGCAGGAGGGCAGGAUGACCUGCUAAGGCUCCUCAUCAGAAAGGGAGCCAAAGUGAAUGGCAGGCAGAAGAAUGGGACCACUGCACUCAUUCAUGCAGCUGAAAAGAACUUUUUAACUACAGUGGCUAUUCUUUUGGAAGCAGGAGCUUUUGUAAAUGUUCAGCAGAGCAAUGGUGAGACUGCUUUAAUGAAGGCCUGUAAAAGAGGAAAUUCAGACAUUGUACGACUUGUCAUUGAAUGUGGAGCUGACUGUAAUAUUUUGUCAAAGCACCAAAAUAGUGCAAUGCAUUUUGCGAAGCAGUGUAACAACGUAUUGGUGUACGACUUGCUGAAGAAUCAUUUAGACACACUUUCAAGGGUAGCAGAAGAGACUAUAAAGGAUUACUUUGAAGCACGCCUUGCUCUACUAGAACCAGUUUUUCCAAUAGCAUGUCAUCGUCUUUGUGAGGGGCCAGAUUUUUCAAUGGAUUUCAAUUAUAAACCCCCACAGAACAUACCAGAAGGCUCUGGCAUCCUGCUGUUCAUUUUCCAUGCAAACUUUUUGGGUAAAGAUGUUAUUGCUCGGCUCUGUGGACCAUGUAGUGUACAAGCUGUAGUUUUAAAUGAUAAAUUUCAACUACCUGUUUUUCUGGAUAGUCAUUUUGUUUACUCAUUCAGCCCUGUUGCAGGCCUCAAUAAACUCUUCAUAAGGUUGACGGAAGCACCUACUGCUAAGGUAAAACUGCUAAUAGGUGCGUACAGAGUGCAGCUACAAUGACCAAACAAUGAAUACAGGAUGGACUGCUUUUCAAACCUGUGCAUUGCUAAAUACUCUCGUAGUAUUUAGCAGUUUGGAAUUCUUGGCACUGCUAAUACUUCCAGAUUUAAAGUUUCAUCUACAAACCUCAUGCAGUUUAAGUCUUUGAGAACAGUGUGUUCUAUACAUCAUAAAAUACAGAAAUAUACGUACUUUGUGCCAGUUUUCAAUAAUCA